AUGGUCCUCACAAUCCACCACCUCCACGUCUCCCAAUCCGAGCGCCUCCCCUGGCUCUGCGAAGAGCUCAACAUCCCCUACGAGCUAAAGACCUACCAUCGCGCGCCCCUCCUCGCACCACCCGAAUACAAAACUCUCCACCCCGCUGGCACGGCCCCCAUAAUUCAAGAUGGCGACUUGACUCUAGCCGAAAGCUGCGCUUGCAUCGAAUACAUCAGUCAUCGGUACGCCGACGGCAAACUCUUCCUGACCCCUUCUCACCAUCGGUAUGCGGAUUUCUUGUAUUGGUGGCAUUGGGCUGACGGGACAUUCUCGCCGAGUGUGACGCGCUCGAUGAUGAUGCGGGGAGCCGGGGUGAGUGAGGAGAACCAGUUCAUGGUUAUUACGAGGACAAGGCUGCGGAAAGCGUUGGAGGCGUUGGACGAGAGACUGGCUGGGAAUGUGUGGUUGGCCGGAGAGGAGUUCACGGUGGCAGAUCUGAUGGUGGUGUUUUUGUUGACGACCUUUCGGUAUUUUGAACCGUUUGGUUUAGGAGAGUAUGCUAAUAUUGUAGCCUUUUUGGGAAGAGUGGGCGAGAGAAAGGCGUAUCAGGUGGCGAUGGCCAAGUGUGACCCGGAUAUGGAAUUGCUGUUGGGGGAGGAGGGUCCCGAGAGGACUUUUGUGGAGGUGAACAGGGGGGAUUGA